UUUUUUUUAUGAAAAAAACAACACCUUGAGAACAGUUUUGAAAAAUAAUAGUCAGAGUGAUAGUUUUGGUGUUAGUUUUUCUUAUUUCUGUUGUAGAAACUAAUGGCCGGGUGUCAUUAAAUUUUAAGUAAGUCCGUUGUGUCUUUCGUCUUCUGCUGGAGACACGCCGGAUUGGCAAUGUUUAUGUUGUUCCCUGUGAUUACGGACAAAUAAAAAGAUGCUUACUCAUGUGGAUUUCCAUGUGUAGGUGAAUUAAACAAAAGUGUUGUACAAUAAACUGCGAGAUAAAAAAUGUUUUGCCAAUACCGUGCAUCUGUGAGUCUAGUUCCAUCUUCGGGGCUAAUAGCAAGGAAUGGAAAUUUGUUGGACCGAAUUUCUUGUAAUAUUCUGAAGUCAGGUCAUGACCGCAUUGCAGGACUACGUCGAAAUUUCUCUUGUCUUACUUCUGAUGUUUUCCAAAAUGCAUAUGUGAAAGGAAACAGUGUAAAACCUAAAGGCAAUGAGUUUCAUUACACAGCCUUCCUAACUAAGGAAUGCAGAAAAAGUAAAUAUUUUAUUUAUUCAUUUGGCCCAAAGUUAGGAACAACAACGAAUUUAUUCUCAACAGCCACAGUUGUUGGCCAGAAUGAAACACGGAAGAAAAAAGAUAUUAGGCUAGGUCCAGGACUUGAAUACUUCAUAGCAAAUAGUUCGGGGACAACACAGAAUGAAAAAGUCUUUUCCAAAAGAGAUUUAGAAAAGCUUUCACACCCAUACGUUGAUGUGGCAGAUAUCCAGGGCCAUGGGCGCAAGGUUUACUUUGAUGUUUAUGGCUGCCAGAUGAAUGUAAAUGACACAGAAGUUGCAUGGUCUAUCCUCCAAUCCCAUGGCUACCAACGCACCAAUGUAAUCAAGGAAGCAGAUGUUGUUUUGGUCAUGACCUGCUCUAUUCGAGAAGGGGCUGAGCAAAAGAUAUGGAACAAGCUUGACUACUUGAGAGGCUUGAAGAACAAACGACUCACAAACAAGAAAGCUACACCUAUGAAGAUUGGGAUAUUAGGAUGUAUGGCAGAGAGACUGAAGAAGAAAUUGGUUGAGGAAGAGAAGAGCAUUGAUGUUGUUGUUGGGCCAGACAGCUACCGUGAUCUUCCAAGGCUUCUGGCCAUAAUUGAGAGUGGCGAAACAGCUGUAAAUGUCUUGCUGUCAGUGGAAGAAACUUAUGCAGACAUUGUGCCAGUCAGGCUUUCAGAAAACAGACAGUCAGCCUUUGUGUCUAUUAUGAGAGGCUGUGACAACAUGUGCACAUAUUGUAUCGUGCCUUUCACAAGAGGACGGGAACGAUCUAGACCGGUGGAGUCCAUUGUAGAAGAAGUGCGUCACCUUUCAGGUGAAGGCGUGAAAGAAGUCACCCUACUAGGACAAAAUGUUAACAGUUAUCGAGACACUUCAGUCAUGCAGCAUGCAGGUUUCUCUGAGGAUGAGAAACAGACAUCUCUUGCUAAAGGCUUCAAAACAGUGUACAAAAACAAGAGAGGAGGUCUACGAUUUGCAGACCUUCUUGAUAGGGUAUCACAGGUUGACCCUGAAAUGAGAAUUAGGUUUACAUCCCCACAUCCAAAGGAUUUUCCAGAUGAGGUCCUAUACCUGAUUCGAGACAGAAAUAAUAUUUGCAACAGUAUUCACCUCCCUGCACAGUGUGGAAACACUAGAGUUCUUGAGCUCAUGCGAAGAGGAUAUACAAGAGAAGCAUAUUGUGAAUUG